AUGGGAAACAACACGUCGCUGCUCCAGGCAGCGAUCGAGGUGAUUGCCCCUCGGAAGAGAACCCGCAGCGAGGAAAUGGAGAAUCUGAAGAAGCCGCAGAAAAUGCUGCGGACCGGCUCGGUGACGAGGUCAAUACAACGGCGUCUUGGACAGGCCAAAGAGGAGAAACCCGAGGUGCCGACCCGACGGACCAAGUCGGUGGAUUACCUCCGAGAGCCGCAUCCGGAGCGCUGGGUCUCCGUGAAUGGCGGCUUGGGGGAUGAUGACAGCGACACCGACUCACUGCGGCCUCGCGUGCCAAACCCAUCGAUGCCGCAGGACGACGAAAAGCCGGCAGCGACGUCCAAAGCCACCGAAACGCUGUGCGACACGUGCUCUGGAAUCAACAUAGAAACCGUCACUGACGGCGCGGGCUAUUGCCAUUUGUUGCUUUCCGAGAUUUACGACUCGGGGGUGAACUGCGACUUAUGCAGAUCUGUGUCGACCCUCUUGAAUGUCAACUCAAACAAGAGAUACACCGAUGACAGGUACCGGAUUCUCGUGUCACUCGAGCUCGAGCUCGGAACCCUUGGUUCGGUCCAAAACUCCAGCGGUCAUUAUGACUCUUCCUCCGCAACCUGGUCCGGCUCAUCCCCCAGUUCGUUGCGGUUUGCUAUUUACGAUUACCGUCCAUGGGAGGAACCUGACUUGCAGCCCUUCUUACAUAGUUGGGCGGACCCGCCACUUGAGUACACCGUUCCCGAGGGCGCGGACCCGGAGAUCGUUGUCAGCACGACAGUACCCGUACUUACGGAUGAGCAUGAUAUAGCGAUGGGGUCCGGCGUGGGCUGGGUUCGCGAACUUGGCCCGAACACGGCUUCUGCGCGAUCCUUUGACGUUGCCGCGGGCUGGCUCCAGAGUUGUCUCUCCUGCGAGCCAGCACCGCGGCAAACCACGUGGGGACCGCGCGGUAAGCCAAGAGCAGUGUACCCGCCCGUUGAGAUCGAACAUGCGUGGACACUCCAGGAAGCUACGGCUGUGUCCAAGUCAGACACAUUGCUCGCCGAGAUCCCUUCUCGUCUAAUCCAGAUAUGUCCAGAUUCGGAAGGUAACGGGAUGGUUCGCUUGGUCGAGACUAGGAAAAUCGAGGCUACAGGUGAGCCGGUCCGCUUCGCAGCGUUGAGCUACUGCUGGGGUCAGCCAGAAGCAGGAGACGACGGUGCGCGGACGACAAGAAAGACUUUAGGUUCUCAUCUCGAAGGGAUACCUCGUUCUUCUUUACCCAAAACCAUCCAGGAUGGUAUCAUGGUGGCCGAGAAGCUAGGUAUCCCUUACAUUUGGAUUGAUGCACUAUGUAUCGUGCAGGACGACGCAGACGACUGGAUCAGGGAAUCAGCCAAAAUGAGCGGUAUCUACCUCGGUUCCGUCCUGACCAUAGCCGUUGCGUCGAGCGUGUCAGCGGACAAGGGGUGCUUCAAUAGUGAGUCUCAGCCAACCGUCAAGUCUGCAAAGUUCCACGAAGGCUGGGUCACUAUCGAGGGAACACUGAAAGACGGCCGUAAGAGCCGUCUGUACUUCUCAAAGUACAGCGGUAUCGUCGACGACCUCGACAUGUACCAACACCAGGUGCUUGAAAGCCCUCUUGCGACGCGCGCGUGGACACUCCAGGAGCAAGUCCUUCCUCGGCGUAUCUUGUACUACACGUCCAAGCAGCUGGUGUGGAAGUGUACGCAUUGCAUCGUCAACGAGGAGAAUUUUCCGCAGAAGCAGCACCAGGAGCUCUACCCGAUCCUGGACUUCGACUGCCCGCUUGUCCCCGAGGCUAUUGACGAGCUGUGGUACCAGGGCAUUGUGGAACGCUACUCAAAACGCCACCUCACGUUUGGGAGCGACAAGCUAGUGGCCAUUAGCGCUCUAGUCAGGGCGACAUACCUUAACAGACACGUCGAUUACGUCGCCGGGCUGUGGAAGGACUGCAUCCUGUCCGGGAUGCUGUGGAGGCGCGACUCGGUGGGGCACAAGAACAAGACGUAUUCGUGCCCCUCGUGGACGUGGGCCUCCCAAAGCUCGACCGUCUCAUAUUACUGGGCUUCCGGCAGAACACACGACGUUUCCAUGUUCACGCCGAGGGUGGUGGAUCUCCAAUACAAACACGGGCCAGCGAGCCCCUUUGGCGACGUCCUAUCAGCCUAUAUAUACCUGGACACGCGGAUCAGGCUCGGUACGGUGACGCGGGAUUACAUCUUCGCCGCCGACUCCGACCGGAACAGAGACGGGAAUAUCAGCCAGUCGCUUGUGUUCUCGGACGCGGGCAGCACGAAGCUCUGGCACGCGGAGGCCGUAAUGGACGACGAACGGGCGGUCGGGGGGUCGGUCGCCAUGGCGAUCUUGUUAGGACGUCAGGCCUGGAAACCCGUUCUGUUGCUGCUUCACCCUCCAGAUCUAGGCGCUGAUCAGUACCGGAGGGUCGGUAUCGCCCAGCUAGGUGAUUAUCCCGGCUCGGGAUGUCCCGAGUACGAGGCUGAUGAGAGCGUGGAGUCGGCUUGGAAACGAAGGACUAUCAAAUUGAUAUAG